AUGGGUCGCGAGAUCAUCUCGAUUCAGGCCGGACAGGCCGGUAACCAAAGUGAGGACACUGUCCCGGAAGUCAAAGUGUUCGACGGCAUGAAGCUUCCAAAGGCGGCUCAGCACCGACAAAGGACCUUCCUCCAGCUGUUGCAGUACCUACGCAACCUCGAGGACUGGGCGCACGAUCAGGGCGACCGAAAGGAUGUGUUCUUCUACCAAGCCGACGACGAGCAUUACAUCCCGCGAGCGAUUCUGGUCGACCUCGAGCCGCGCGUCAUCAACCAGAUCAUGGCGUCGCCGUUCAAGGACCUCUACAAUCCCGAGAACGUCUAUGUGUCUGAGCAGGGUGGCGGCGCGGGAAACAACUGGGCACAGGGAUACUGCACGGUGAAGGAGGGGAUCUACGAGGACAUUCUGGAGAUGAUCGAUCGCGAGGCGGACGGAAGCGACAGUCUUGAGGUAAGCUCCGUACAACUCGGUGCUGUCAAUGAAGCGGUUGGUGAACAACGCCGACUCGGUCGUGGUGCUGGACAAUGCGGCCCUGACGCGUAUCGCCGCCGACCGGCUGCACAUCCAGGACCCGUCGUUCGUGCAGACGAACCAGCUCGUGUCCACCGUCAUGGCGGCAUCGACGACAACCCUCCGCUACCCGGGAUACAUGAACAACGACCUGGUGGGCAUCAUUGCGUCUCUGAUCCCGACACCGCGGUGCCACUUCCUGAUGACGUCGUACACGCCCUUCACGGGCGACGAGAUCGACAAGGCCAAGAGCGUGCGCAAGACGACGACGCUGGACGUGAUGCGCCGCCUGCUGCAGCCCAAGAACCGGCUCACGUGCACAAGUCGCUCCUCCGCAUCCGCGAACGCCAGCUCGCAAACUUCAUCCCCUGGGGCCCGGCCAGUAUCCAGGUCGCACUGACGAAGCGCAAGACGACGCAGAACCGCGUCAGCGGCAUCAUGAUGGCGAACCACACCAGCAUGGCCUCGCUGUUCAAGCGCAUGCUCGAUCAGUACGACCGGCUCAGGAAACGUAACGCGUUCCUCGACCAGUACAGGAAGACGGAGAUGUUUGCGGACAACCUCGACGAGUUUGACGAUUCACGACAAGUCGUCCAGGAACUCACGGACGAGUACAAGGCGUGCGAGAGCGAGGGGUACAUCAACUUCAGCUAG